UCCAAACUCCCCCACGCCAGCUCUUCUACCCCUCUCGCUAACUUCCUCUCUACUUUCGAUAUAUUUAUAAAAUGCCAACGACGAAGCCUUCGUCUUCCUUAAAUCCUUCUCUCUUCUUCAUCACGUAAUCCAAUCCUUCCUCUAUGGAUUGCCACACCGACUGGCCCGAGCCAAUCGUUCGAGUCCAAUCCGUUUCUGAGAGCGGCGCCGGACUCAUCCCUGCCAGAUACAUAAAGCCUCAAGCUGAGCGCCCCUGCUCCGGCCAGCCCGAACCUGACACCAACCUCGAGCCUAUUCCGGUCGUCGACCUCGCGGGCGACGUGACUUCAGCGCUCUCCAACGCGUGUAGGGAUUGGGGCUUCUUCCAAGCGGUGAACCACGGCGUCAGCCCGGAGCUAAUGCGCCGCGCACGCGAGUUAUGGCGCGAGUUCUUCCAUCUCCCUAUGGAGGCAAAGCAGGCUUAUGCUAACUCUCCGACGACAUACGAGGGCUACGGUAGCCGGCUGGGGAUCGAGAAAGGCGCUAUACUUGACUGGGGCGACUACUAUUUCCUCCAUUUCUUCCCAUUGUGCCUUAAAAGCCAUGACAAGUGGCCCGCUCUCCCCGUUGCACUGAGGGAAACGGUGGAGGAAUACGGGAUUGAAUUGGUGAAGCUGUGUAAGAGAGUGUUGGGGCUGUUAUCGGCGGGGCUUGGACUGGAGGUAGAGAGGAUGCAGAGGAGCUUCGGCGGCGAGGAAGCUGGCGUGUGUAUGAGAGUGAAUUACUAUCCCAAGUGCCCGCAACCGGAUCUUACUCUCGGCCUUUCGUCCCACUCGGAUCCCGGCGGGAUAACGGUUCUUUUACCGGACAAUGAGGUGCGGGGGCUGCAGGUGAGGCGCGGGACUGGCUGGGUUACUGUGCAGCCACUCGCCGACGCCUUCAUCAUUAACGUCGGCGAUCAGGUCCAGGUAUAUAUCCGUUAAACUCCAUUAAUUUUGAUAUUAUUUUCUUUUAAUUUUAAUGUCCUACUUGUCGUUGCCGUGUAUCUCGUUGGGUGUAGAAGUUAACUGUGACUUGUGGGGCUUCAAACGUCUCAUAUAAGUACAAUUGAUAUCGAUUAGGAGGGGCUAAGUUCAUUAUUUAAAAGCAAUGAUAGUCUUUUAUGUCUGAAGCUUCCUCCAUUCACACCUUAUUAGUAUUGAGGAAUUACACGCUAAUUCAUUUGGGAGUCGGGGGGGUUAAGUCAGAGAGUGAGAUCCGUCGAGAAGUUCUAUUGUCUUUUCAUAAUUCAUUGAAUGUGAAGGGAAUGUUAGGUUUUCAUUCAUGUUUUAGUUAUUUAAAAGAUUAAGGCUUGGUUUGGCUCUUCCUCUUAUUUUAUAAAAAAUAGUUUUAAAAAUAAUGUUUAAGAGAAUGAAAUUUUUUAACGGAGAUACAAAUAUCAAAAAG